GACAAAGAAGUUAUUUUGUUCCAAUUAGUUCUAGAAAUCGUGAUCCAAAUCUUUUAAACUAUCCUAUGUAUAAUAUAGUUAUCUCGCUACUGCUUAAUAAACAAGUGUUCAGUAGAUUAAUACUACAAGAUGGCCGGUCACAAGUAUAUCACAAACUCUAGUAAUUUGUUCGACGACGAAGAUGUGGAUGACGAAACGUUCGUGAACAGCUAUAGGCCACGCAUACCCGCAACGCAGUCGAAACCUACAACUGCGCCAUACGGUGGACAUAUUGCAGAAUUAGAGCGGCAAAGACAAGCUAUGUUACUGCGACAGAGGGAAAUAGAACAACGAACUUUGGAUUCUUCCCAUAGAAGUAUAGGCCUUCUUCGCGAAUCUGAGCAAAUAGGCGUCCAGACUGCAGAGGAACUGGUCCGCCAGCGCGAACAGCUCGAAACAACCAACAAAAGGCUUGAUGAAAUUAACACAAACUUAAACUACAGCCAGAAGCACCUAAAUGGUAUUAAAAAUGUAUUCCAUGGACUUAAAAACUACAUUUCGGGUAAGUCAAAUGAUACCCCUGCGCGUAGUCAAACCUCGCCUGAUGCAUCCAGUAUGAAAGGUCGGCCCAGUGGCAGUGGCUUGGUCGACACUAUAACUGAUUUUAAUAAUGAUAUAACACCUGAAGAUCGGUUCCGUGCACAUCCCUCUUCUCGCCUCAAAGGUUUGGACCAGCAAACCAUGGCUGAACCUAUACCUGAUAGCCAGCGUAUCAAUAAAAUGCUCGAUGACAACCUAGAAGAGAUGGUCCAACAUAUAACAAGACUAAAAGGCCUUGGUGUUGAACUUGGAAGGGAAAUUGAUACACAGAAUGAACUGAUAGACAAUAUUCAGGAUAAGGUUGAAGUGGCCGACAUCAAAAUUCACAAACAAAAUAAGACUAUGAACAAACUUCUUGGGAAAUAGUAUAGAUUCAAUUGAGUUACCUUAUGCUUACGAGGGCCAGGUCUAUCGUAUCUUAUCACAUCUACCAAUGACCGCAAUCUUUUUUUGGGUUGUACUGAGCUUUCUAUGCUUCACAGAUGGUCCUGCCUUACCUUAGCCACCCCAAGCUAUGGCUAUGAAACUUAUAUGUAUAACUUAGUCCCUUAGCCCUUAUUGUGUAAUAUAUCUAAGUACUCAGUGACAAAGGGUUAUGGUGACUCAAAAAAAGGGAAAAAAUCUAUAUAGUAAAAUGUUACAAUAAUUUUUAUAAGGUAGAUACAGCAAUAACUUAAAGGAAAUUAAUAGAUGUGAAUGUAUAUUGCACACAAUUUUUUUAACUAUCAUUUUUUUUUUAUUAAGAAAUUUGUAGAUAAAACUUAUGUUCUAUUAGUAUUUAAUUGUUUUGUUCAGUAUUUGUAAAGUAUAUCAUACAAAGGUGGUCCUAUUUAGAUGUUACGUAAAAUUUUGUAUAGAUUUAUUUAGAUAUAGAAAAAUCAUUUAUUUAUUUAUAUAGAAAAAUCUCAAAGCUUGGUUAUCUAUCAAGCAUUACCAUUGAUUUUAAAAAUAUCAAUGUAACAUAUUAUGGAUUUUCAUUAUACUAAAUACUGAAAAACCAAAAUAUUAAUUAUUACUAUAAUGCUUAUAGAGAAGUACACUACUACAGAAGAUAUUACAAUU